CUCUCUCUCUCUCCUCCUCCCCCACCCUACAUCCAUCGUCCCACGGUCUCGCUGCGGGUGAUCAGCGAUGCUCUCGAUCCACGAUCUCCUCCGGCCGCCACACGAUGUGUUCGAGCUUCAGACCACCCUAGGCGCAGGCACCUUCGGGAAGGUCCUCAAGGCCCAGCACCGUGACAAUGGCUCCAUCUCUGCCAUCAAGAUUGUCCCCCUGGACCAUAGCGAUAAGACCAGUCAGACGGAAAUCCUGCGCGAGGUGGAGCUUAUGCGCGGCCUGCGCUGCAACCAAAUCGUCCAGCUGCUCGGGACAUACCUCCUGCCGCUGCAGCUCUGGAUCGUUCUUGAGUACUGCCCUGGCGGAAGCAUCGCCGACUAUCCACGCUUCUGCAAUCGCACCCUGCAGGAGCGUCAGAUCGCCUCGAUUUGCCGCGAUUCUCUCGCCGGCCUUGUCUACAUGCAUAACCAGCGCCUCAUCCACCGCGACGUGAAGGCCGGCAAUAUCCUCCUCGGGAUGGACGCCUCGGCGAAGCUCGCGGACUUCGGUGUUGCGUCGCGCCUCAGCUCGCAGACCAUGCACCGGCGAACGCUGACCGGCACGCCGUACUGGAUGGCCCCGGAGGUUGUGCAGGAGAAUGACUAUGACGAGCGCGUGGAUGUCUGGUCGCUGGGAAUCACCUGUAUCGAAAUGGCCGAUGGUCGACCGCCCUUCUCGGAAUUUCGUCCGAUGCUGGCCAUGAUGAUGAUUCCGAGCAAGCCCCCGCCGACCGUUUCGCAGCCCGAGCGCUUCUCGCCCCUCUUCCUGGACUUCAUCAGCCGGUGCCUGGUUAAGGACCCGGCACACCGGCCCAGCUCCAAGGAUCUGCUCAGCCACCCGUUCCUGUCAACCGGCGUGUCCCUGGAGCCCGUCCUCACGGAGAUGAUUACCGCGAUUGACCGGAUGUCGCAGAUCUCGGAUGGCAUCGCCAAGGCCCAUGUGGCGAUGGCCGGCGGCCCAGUUGACGUGGGCGUUGGCUCGCCCAUGCACCAUCCGCAACAGCCGGCGCUGCCGCAGCACCCCCACCAGCAGCAGCAGCAUUAUCACUCGCAGCAGCCGCACCACCCUCCACCGCCGCAGCCGCAGCCGCAGCCGCAGCCGCAGCAGCAGCAGCAGCACUACAUGAAGCCACAUCCGACGGCUUACCUUCUGCAGCAGGGCGGCCACGCUGUCUCCCCGAAUGGGAGUACCGCCAAUUACCAGUCGCCGGCGGGGACCCCUCGGCCGGCAGCCGGCGGGGCCUUCCCCCCGCCACCGCCGCCAAUUGCCCUGCCCUCCCCGGGGUCCGGGUCCGGCGAGCUGGGCGGCAAUUCCCUGGCGCACCACCACCCCCCCCAUUCGGCUGGCGGUGGCUCGGGUCAGCCCGCGUGGUGGAGCGGUCCCGGUGCUGGGCGACACCCCUCCCCUCCAAACUCGGCCCCGACGACUGGCAGCAGCAAUCCCAGCACCUACACAUACAAUGGCAGUGCCACCACCGGCCCGACGGCGGCCGGCACAUCAUGGAACCUUCCGCCUCCCAGCCCCACUGCCGGCCAUGCUCCCCUUCCGUAUGGCGCCACUGGCGGGCAUCAGACCCCCCUGCCGCCGGCCCCCACUCGCGCGGCUCCCCUGCCGCCAGGUGCCACCUCGCCGGCGCCCCUGCCCGGACCCAUUUCUCCGCCGCCCCUGCCGCCAGCCUCGGCCCCCGGGACACAGCAGCACCCCCCGCCAGCCAUUGCCCUGCCAGCGCCUGCCACCGGUUCCCGGCAGCUGGACGGCACCUCGCCCCCCUCCUCGAAGCCCGCCUCCCCCACCUUGCAGUCGGAGCUUGGCGCCCUGCAGCACCCGCCGCCGAAUAUCCCCCUGAAGAAUCUUCCUUCCCCGAUCAUCGCCAUCUUCGUCAAGUCCGGCAAUUCCACCUUCGAGGCGGACCUUCGCCGCGGGCCGUUGGCCAUCAUGCGCACUCCUUCCUCCGACUCGCCGAGCACCCCGGUGCCAACCAACUCCAUUUGGUUCAAGUCUCGUGUGGUCUCUCGGCACCAUGCCCAGAUCGACUACCACAAGCCCACCGGCCAGCUGCUCCUCUACGACAUGGGGUCCUCGGCGGGGACAUUCGUCAAUGGCAAGCGCCUUUCCGAGUUCCAGCGCCCCUCCAAGCCCUACACCCUGUCCACGAGCGACGACGUGCGCAUCGGCACUAGCAUCGACAUGAAUGGCUCGGAUUUGGCCGAGGGUGCCGAUGAGUCGGCCUCCCCGUCGGAUCGCCGCGCCCUGCGCCUUAGCGUGUUUCUCGAUUAUACGCACAACCCAGCUGGCCUGUACUGCAUUAUUCUGAGCAACAACCCCCACAAGCAUGGCAUUCGCGAGCUCUGCUAA